GUAAUGCAAAUGCUGAAGUAACAUUCGAAACAUUAAGUGGGAAGUUAACGGCAAGACAGGAAGGUUCAUCAAUUUGUUUAAACUUUCCUUUGAACAGCUGUGAACCAUUGCCUAAAGAAGAAGCAAUGAAGAGAUUAGUUAAAGCAGUUGUAGGUGACCUAAAGGUAAAAGACGUAGAAUACUCUAAGACAACCAAGAAACUUCUCUUGUGUUUGGAGCCUUCAUUGACAAGGUCAGGUCAUAGAAUAAGAAUUAAAAAGAACAUAAAAUUACUUACAUAAAAUUAGGAAGUGUGGGCUAAGAGGCAAACCUUGUUACACAAUUCGACUACACGUUUGUCUUAUUGAGGCUACACUCAGUCAUUGAAUAGCAUUGUAUUUCUGAUAAAUCUUUAACUUUU